UCCAGAGAUCCAGUCCACCUAAGGCUCCGCCCACUGCUGAGGACAGACCAAUCUCUUUGAGGCUCGUGAGGGACGGUGUGCGUUUGAAUGUUGAACGUAAAGAACCAAGUAAAAACAUAAAGAUCCUUGGAAGAGGGCCUGAGCCAAGGGACCCACCAAGAGGGGCUUCCAUCCCCACAGCCAACACCCAACAGAUGAGGGAGGUCAGAAGAAAAGAGUUCCAGUUCCUAUAACAAAGGCUGAAUCAGGGGGACUAUGUUGCUGGAAUUUCAUGAAAGAAGGUGGGGCUGGAGAGGAUGGUCACUUCCCAGGUCUCAGCCGACCUCAGAAAGUGUGUUUGUGUCCGUUUCUACCACUGCAUCCUCUACACAUCUCUACCCACUUGUACAUAAUUCAGCAUCCAGCAGAGGAAAACAAGGUGUUGCGGACAGUUCCUCUGCUAGCAGCAUGUCUCCCCCAAGAUAAGUGUAAAGUCAAGAUUGGUCGUCGCUUCAGUGAGGAAAGAGAUCCUGAACUUUCAACUGUUUGUCGGAAGUCUGAUACAUUAAUAUUAUAUCCAGGGGCUGAAGCUGCUAAUUUGGAAGAAUUUAUAUUAGAUUCUCCUAUUUAUCCUUCCACAAUCAUCAUCAUCGAUGGUACAUGGAGCCAGGCUAAGGACAUUUUCUACAAGAAUUCCUUGUUCCGACUGCCUAAACAGGUGCAAUUAAAAACUAGCAUUUCUAGUCAGUAUGUAAUUCGGGCGCAACCAACUAAUAGGUGCCUUUCUACACUGGAGUGUGCAGCUGUUGCUCUUUCUAUCUUGGAGAAAAAUAAUUACAUACAAGAGACUUUGCUUCGCCCUCUUCAAGCUUUAUGCUCUUUCCAGCUUCAGCAUGGUGCUCAAAUUCGCCUCAGCAAGGAACACCUUCUGAAAAAUGGAUUAUAUCCUAAGCCGAUGCCAAAGAACAAACGCAAACUCAGGAAAAUGGAACUAUUAAUGAACAGCAUUAAAAUUUAGUACAGUUUUUCUUAUGGUGCUAGUUUUGGUGUCUUCAGCUGACAAUAACGAGUUAACUUUUUAUACAUUUUAAGUCUGUGGGUUUUUGUCUAAAGAAUGAGAGUUACAUACUAAACUUACCCAGAAGAAGAAAGUAAUCCAAAUAGCCAAAAAACAAACAAACAAAAUUCAGUGAUUCAGUGAAAAGCAAGAUUUCGUACUGUAUUUGUUUUUAAAAUGUGCCUCUAAUACAUUUUUUCAGGUCAGUAAUUUGAAAUGUGAUUACUUGUUGAGCUGGGUUAGAAGUACUUAUUAAUAAAAGGGAAUGGAAGGAAAUUGAUGUGCCUGACUGGUUCAGUAUUGUUUCCAUUAGUGUUUAUAGAUAAUUAGGUGUAGACCUGUAAUAGAGGAUAUGUACCUCAAGUUGCCAUCUUGCACAUGAACUUUAUAGUUUGAAAUAAGUAACAAAAGAAAAUAAUAAUCAAGUAAUUUAGGUUGAAUUUAUUUAUUUCAUAAAUAAGUAUUCUUUGGGGACUAAACUUGAAUUCAGCCAAUGUGAUUUAAGUGUGCGAUUAGUUGCCCAUAUUUUUAAAGUUUAAUUA